CUCUGUAAAGAUCCAUCGAUCAGACAGCCAAGAUGGGUAAAGGAAAGCCGAGAGGUCUCAAUGCCGCGCGCAAGCUGCGCAACCAUCGCCGUGACGGCCGCUGGGCCGAUCUCCACUACAAGAAGCGCCUCCUCGGAACCGCAUACAAGUCGUCUCCCUUCGGUGGCUCCUCCCACGCCAAGGGCAUCGUCCUCGAGAAGGUUGGCGUUGAAGCUAAGCAGCCAAACUCUGCUAUCCGGAAGUGCGUCAGGGUGCAGUUGAUUAAGAACGGAAAGAAGGUCACUGCUUUCGUUCCCAACGACGGUUGCUUGAACUUCGUGGACGAGAACGACGAAGUCCUCCUCGCCGGUUUCGGUCGCAAGGGUAAGGCCAAGGGUGAUAUUCCCGGUGUGCGUUUCAAGGUCGUCAAGGUGUCAGGUGUCGGUCUGUCGGCGCUGUGGAAGGAGAAGAAGGAGAAGCCCAGGUCAUAAGCGACUCACCAGCCCGAGGUGGACAAUCACGGUGGAGCGCGAGCGACGGAUCGGCGGACAUAUGGGAGGCUAAUGGAGUCUUACAUUGGGGAAUUUCCUGUGCUUCUACCCGCACUGAAUCGGCAUAUGAAAAGCAUCAUAAGGCUUGAUGGGUUAGGUAGAGAAAUCUGACCUGUUCAAGCGCUCAAUUUGCCACUUUGGCGGGACUGUAGACUGUCACUGUCAUAAGACGCCCCCACGAGAUGCAAAGUCUUCAAGUUUUAAGAGGACCGAUUCUCUCUUCCCUUCUAUCAAAGGACAUUGCUAUCUUGCAACCGCAUACACUAGACCAAAACAACCAUGACCCCGCG